GGUGUCGUCUGCGUCAAGAUGUCCGGGAAGACCACCAGAGCCAACCGUUUAGAGACUGAUAUAGAGCGAAGUAGAGAAGAAUCUAACUGGAAGAGGGUUAUAGAGCUGGCUGAGCACCUUAAGGCUCGGAACCAGCCGGGUUUAGAAACACUAGCCAAUUUCCUCAUUGGAGAAGGAAAGCUUGAGUCAUAUCUGGAGGAGAAUCCCCCAACAGAGAGUAACAUUCCUAAAGCUAAAAAUGGUUUGGCCGAAGCACGAAGGUAUCUACUCAUGUGCAUCGGAGAACCAGCCAAGAAGCUGGAAGUGUCGCUGGAUGCCUUGCUUCUGCUCUCCAAGCUAGAAUACGCCAUGGGCGACUACGAAGGUGCUCUUGGUCGCCUGGCCACUGCAGGCCUCGACCAGCUCACCGAGAAGGCCCUCCCCACCAGGUCACUCAGGAUCGUUGCCGAGUCCUACGCUAUAAAGGGACUAUGUUCGGCGCCUCAACCCAGAAACAGCUUGUCGUCAGAGAAGGUGCCGCUCACAAAUAACAGUAAAUACCAGCGUGCGGAGAAGGCAGAAAAGAUGAUUAAGUGUUUCGAGUUGGCGGGCGACCUGACGCUGUUGUAUCUACAAGAGCAGGACAAGCUAUCAUCCACGCCGUCAACACAUUCCUUGCAGUCAUUGCCGGCAAGCAACACCACCGGCUCAACAUCACCGCUGCCACAUGGCAUAGAGAACAAGAAGAUUGGCGUCAUACUGGAGACGGCACUGCAACGCGCCCCCAUCCUGCACAUGAAGGCUGGACAACUAGACAAGGCUAUCAGUAGAUAUAGAUUAUGCUGUCAGCCCGUAGAGUCAACCUCCACUAGCAACCUGCGACUUACCUUGGGCACGCCAGUUUGCUGAAGUCUGUUAGCUGAAGGAUGCACCGAGCAUGCUUAUAAAGUACCAAUCAGGCAUGAGGAUCUAUAGAGUCGGCGCAGUUCGAGUCUGAAGUCUGGAGAGAAAUCCGGAAACCACAGCACUAUUCCGGACUAACCUCUAUCAUUUCCUAAGAACAUCAACGAGAAAAAUUUUCUUCUUUUACUUAUAAGUGAGGCUAUGGCAGUGAGGGAAGCUGUGCUGAGCCAGUCGCCAGAGUUCAAAAAUGCUCGGGUUCAUGCUUACGACAAUGCUACUGCAGUUUAUGAUCUUCUGUGUAUAGCGCUGGCCAGGAGAAAACAGUUUAAAAUUUUAAUUGAGGUGUUUGAAAGAGCAAUGAAGUUUUCUCAUGAAGAGAGUCACGUGUGGCAGCAGUUUGGCCUCGCUCUAGCCUGUGGGCGUAAAGACACGCGCGCACUCUUAGUGUUGCAGGAAGUUCACCGCCUCUUACCUGCGGAGCCUCACUACUGCCUCCUAGCGGCCAGGAUAUGCUUCCAGCAGCUCGGCAAGAUUGAGAAAGGCCUAGAAUGGGUAGAGAAAGCGCUGAAGUCAUCAGAGGAGCGGAACAGCGUACUGGCAGCUCGUUGCCACCUCUACUAUGGUCUGGGACUCACACUCAAUGCUUACCAGACUCAACGCCAGACCAACUACCAUUCCAUACGGACGAAGGCACUGGAAUCCUUCAUCAGGGCCCAGCAGUUAGAUUCGAGUGACCAUCUGGUGGAGUUCUACCUUGCACUUCACUAUGCACAGUGCUACCACCUCAAUGAGGCGACGCAGCACGUCAAGCUUGCACUGUACCUGCGCUCUGCUCAUCCUCACUCACUACACUUGCUUAUCCUUCUUCUCUCAGCUGAGAAGGAUUAUGAAGAGGCACUUGAGCUGGUCGAAGCUGCUCUCGCAGAGUACCCCGAGAACUUGCAUCUGUUAUAUGUGCGUGCCUCUCUGGAAGAGGCCGUGUACGGCGGAGAAAUCGCUUUGCUGACGGCCCGCCACAUGCUGACGCUGUGGCAGAAACUCUACAAGGAGCAGUUGAUAAGUGACAUCAGCGACGCUCACUCGCAGCAACAUGCCAACCAUGACACGUAUAGCAUAUUCAAUAUGUCAGAUAAAGACACAGCUUCAGUACAUGCCGAGAGCGUAGCGGCCUCGCGCGUCGAACAAGCCUUGUCCGAAGUGGCGUCGUCGCUCUCAUCCUAUCAGCCAAAACCAGGACCACAUCAAGCAUGGCUUCUUCAAAUUCAAAUUUGGCUUCUUACAGCUCAGUUAUAUAUAAAGACAGACCAGUUGACUGAGGCUGCAAACUGUCUACAAGAAGCUUCUUCUAUCUUCCCUAUGAGCCAUCAUAUAAUGUUCAUGAAAGGGCUGCUUCACGAGAAGAAGCAUGAGUUCCACGAGGCCCAAACGUGCUAUCAAAAUGCUCUGGCAAUCAACCCCUACCAUUUAAAAAGCCUUCGCCACCUGGGCGUGGUAUACCACUAUCUAGGGAGGGAACGCCUUGCUGAGAAAACUCUAAUGGAUGCCAUCCGGAUCGACCCCCAUGACCACCACUCAUGGGAGACUCUUGGCGAAGUUCUUGUGAGUCUGGGUCAGCUAGAAGCAUCAAGCAAGUGCUUACAAACAGCUAUCGAUAUCGAGUCCAAGUCUCCCAUUCUGCCUUUCUCCUCUAUCCCCUUCUGUUAUGAGUAAUGUAGACUGUGUGUAUACUCGCGUUAUGAUUGCUGUGUGUACUUGGUAUAAACUAGUAAGCCACUUAGGUUGGAUUCCUGUGGAUUAACCCAACUUUUUCGGGUUGUGAAUUUCAAGGUCGAAAUGUGUAGGGUAAGCUUUGGUUUGGAGAACGUUUUGUCCCUGUCUAGAGGAACAUGAUCAAAUGCUUUACAGAUUGAAAUAUGAUAAACCUCAACUCAUUUCAAAUUAAGGCCUUUCUAGAAUUUUAUACAUAGAGAAGAGCGUUGCUAAUUAAGCCAAAAUCGCAAGUACUACUUAUUGGGCACGACAAUAUAUAUUUGUUCAUGUUUACGUAAGAAUCAUGAAACGUUUGGUGUAGCGUCAUAACUAUUAGACUGAUAAUUACAGAAGUUGCUUAAACUAUUGGAUUUUGUGGAUGUUUCUACUCCAGAUUAGUGAUUUUUAGUUAAUAUCUCUUAUGGAAGGUCAGAGUUGAGUAAGCGUCUUUCUAAAUACUGAGGUGAUGGUCAUUAGUUUCCCUAGUCUCUGUUACAGAUAUUAGAUUUAUCCAUUUCCAUCACUGUUUAUUAUCAGUUCCUGUGUGGCCAGCGACCGGGCCGCGGGGGCGUUGACCCCCAGAACACGGCCCAUACCAAUUUAGCUCUUCGUUUGUAUAAUAUAAAGAGACGUGGAAAUAUAAACACACAUGCAGUAUAAUGUAAUCCUUUAUUGACAACGUUUCGCCCACACAAUGGACUUUUUCAAGUCAAAAACAGAUCUGUUUGUGACUUCAAAAAGCCCACUGUGUGGGCGAAAUAUUGUCAAUAAGGAUCACAUUAUACUGCAUAUGUUUAUAUUUUCAACCAUUUGUUUCCAUAAAGAGACGUGAUGUAGUAGGUAACAAAGUUAGGAGUGGCUCUGGUGGUUAACGCUCUCGCUUCACACGACGAGGGCCUGGGUUCGAUUCCCAGCCAGAGUAGAAACAUUGGACGUGUUUCUUUCCACCUGUUGUCUAUGUUCCCCAUCAGUAAAAUGGGUACCUGGGUGUUAGUCGAAUCCUGGGACACUGACCUAAGGAGGCCUGGUCACAGACGGGGGCGUUGACCCCCGGAACUCUCUCCAGGAAGGUAACCUUGCGGAACUCCGGGUAAGAUUGUCAACCACGAUUCAUAACUCGCGUCUCUUAAAAAUCUUUAGUACUGGAGAUCAGUUAUAUCUGUAUAUUAACCAAUAUGGUUAAUACCAAGUGAUUUAUAGAACAUAUAUACUUAGAGAUGUGGAUAUACACCGAAUAUUGUAUACUUCAUUGUAAAUAUAUGUACAUAGCGGUGUAUAUACACUGAUAGUGUACGUUAAUCACUUUUAUGUAUUAAAAUAUUCUUGACUGGUGGUGACACGCAGCCUUAAUGACCCCCAGGUCUAGUAGAUAGAUUUUAAACCCAAUCAUCCAGCCAGUUGACGCACACAAAAUGUAUUAUAGGUAGGGUGAGUCCGAGAUUAAUAAAUCUCCCUUAGGAUAGUGUAGACUGAGGGAUAUAUAGUGUCAGGAAUAUUGUUAAUGUUUGUAUUAUAACACUGUUAAAAUAUAUGAUUUAAAUAUAA